AUGGCCACCACCGCUGCACUGAAAUUGUCUGUUGACAACGUCAUUCUUGGCAAAGGCUUCCUUGAGGCCGCCCGUGAGUUUAAAACGCAAACACCCGGCAAGAGUGCUCUCGUCCUUGGCGGCACCGGCGAGGUCGGACGCGAGGUAAUCAAGCACCUGGUGGCAUCUGAUGCCUUUGACAAAGUCACUGUGUUCACCCGGCGCCCUAUCGAGAUCACCGGCACCAACGCUGACAAGGUUGUACAAAAACCUGUGGAUUUUGAGAACAUUGCACAGCUGGAGAGCGACUUUGCUGGGCACACGCACGCGUUCAGCUGCUUGGGUACCACUCGUGGGAAGAGCGGUAGCGACGGGUUUUACAAAGUCGACCACGACUACGUGCUGAAUGCCGCCAAGGCGUGCAAGAAAGUCCAGGUGGAGCAUUAUUCCAUCUGCAGCUCCAAGGGCGCGGACAAGACCUCGCGCUUCUUGUAUCCCAGGACUAAAGGUGAGGUCGACGAUGAGGUGAUGAACAUGGGGUUUGCGCAUGCGUCCAUCUACCGCCCUGGCAUGAUUGAGUGUGACCGCGAGGAGUCACGGCCCAUGGAGAAAGUUUUCUCGUACCUUCUCCCCGUUGUAAAGCUGGUGUUUCCAAAGUCCGCUGCCGCUCCGAGCUCAACUAUCGCCUGGUCAAUGGUUUUUGAUGCGCUCAAGCCCUCAGAGACGAGAAAUCCGUGGUGUUCGAGAACACUGACAUCAUGA